AUGUACACCAACAGAACCAAGCCUUUCACUUCUAAAGUGAAACAGAUGCGAUUGCAUAAAGAAGACUUUGAAAUCUUGAAGGUGAUUGGCCGAGGAGCCUUUGGGGAGGUUGCAGUAGUCAAGUUGAAGAAUACAGAUAAGGUAUUUGCCAUGAAAAUACUAAAUAAAUGGGAGAUGCUGAAAAGGGCUGAGACAGCUUGUUUUCGAGAAGAAAGGGAUGUAUUAGUGAAUGGAGACAACCAGUGGAUUACAACAUUGCACUAUGCCUUCCAGGAUGAAAACUAUUUAUACCUGGUUAUGGAUUACUAUGUUGGUGGUGAUCUGCUUACCUUGCUCAGUAAAUUUGAGGACCGGUUACCUGAAGAGAUGGCUCGCUUUUAUUUGGCUGAAAUGGUGAUAGCAAUUGAUUCUGUGCAUCAGCUACAUUAUGUCCACAGGGACAUCAAGCCAGACAACAUCCUAAUGGAUAUGAAUGGACAUAUUCGGUUAGCAGAUUUUGGUUCAUGUCUAAAACUGAUGGAAGAUGGAACGGUUCAGUCUUCAGUGGCAGUUGGAACACCAGACUAUAUUUCUCCAGAAAUCCUGCAAGCCAUGGAAGAUGGGAAAGGAAAGUAUGGUCCUGAAUGUGACUGGUGGUCUCUUGGUGUUUGCAUGUAUGAAAUGCUUUAUGGAGAAACUCCCUUUUAUGCGGAGUCCCUAGUGGAAACCUAUGGAAAGAUAAUGAACCAUAAAGAGAGGUUUCAGUUUCCUGUCCAAGUGGCGGAUAUAUCUGAAAAUGCAAAAGACCUUAUUCGUAGGCUCAUCUGCAGCAGAGAACACAGACUUGGGCAGAACGGGAUAGAAGAUUUUAAGAACCACCCAUUCUUUGCAGGGAUUGACUGGGAUAACAUUCGAAAUUGUGAAGCACCUUAUAUCCCUGAAGUUAGCAGUCCAACAGAUACAUCAAACUUUGAUGUGGAUGAUGAUUGUUUGAAGAAUUCUGAGACAAUGCCCCCACCAACACAUACUGCAUUUUCAGGCCAUCAUCUGCCAUUUGUAGGAUUCACAUACACAAGUAACUGUGUCCUUUCGGACUGCAGUAGUUUAAGAUUUGCUGCUGGACAACCUGCUGUGGACCUUGAUGCCAACAUUCAAAGGACACUUGAGGAUACAUUAGCCACAGAAGCGUAUGAGAGGCGAAUAAGACGGCUAGAGCAGGAAAAACUUGAACUUAGUAGAAAACUUCAAGAGUCUACACAGACAGUCCAGGCUCUACAUUAUUCAACUGUAGAUGGUCCAUUAACAGCAAGCAAAGAUUUAGAAAUUAAAACCCUAAAAGAAGAAAUUGAAAAGCUGAAAAAACAGGUGACCGAUUCUGGACGACUUGAACAGCAACUUGAAGAAGCCAGUUCUGCAAGACAAGAAUUAGAAGAGGCUGCUCGACAAAUCAAAACAUUUGAGAAGCAAAUCAAAGCAUUCAAACAAGAGAAGGAUGAUCUUAAUAAGGAACUAAUUGAGUCUAGCGAAAGAUUAAAGACCCAAACCAAAGAGCUGAAAGAUGCACACAGUCAACGGAAGCUGGCCAUGCAGGAAUUCUCUGAAAUGAAUGAGCGACUUACUGACUUGCAUUCACAGAAACAGAAACUCACCCGUCAAGUCAGAGAUAAAGAAGAGGAGAUGGAAGUGGUGAUGCAAAAGGUGGAAAGCUUGAGGCAAGAGCUACGCAGAACAGAGAGAAUGAAAAAGGAAUUGGAAGUUCAUGCUGAAGCUGCAGCUGCCGAGGCAUCCAAGGACAGGAAAUUGCGUGAACGAAGUGAGCAGUACUCUAAACAGCUGGAAAAUGAGCUAGAAGGACUAAAGCAGAAGCAAAUUGGUCGCUCUCCAGGAGUGAGCAGCACAGAACAUCAACAAGAGAUCACCAAAUUAAAGGCUGAUUUGGAAAAGAAAAGUGUUUUUUAUGAAGAGGAGCUAUCCAAACGAGAAGUGGUACAUUGUAAUGAAAUUAAAAACCUGAAGAAAGAACUGCGUGAUGCAGAGAGCCAACAGCUUUCUCUUAAAAAAGAGAUCCUGAUCUUGAAGGACAAGUUAGAAAAGACAAGGAGAGAAAGCCAAAGUGAAAGAGAGGAAUUUGAAACUGAGUUCAAACAGAAAUAUGAACGGGAGAAGAUCCUGCUGACAGAGGAGAACAAAAAGCUUUCCAAUGAACUUGAUAAGAUUACGGCUAUAUAUGAAAGACUUAGUAUGAAUAACCGGCAGUUAGAAGAAGAGAUGAGAGAUCUUGCUGACAAAAAAGAAUCUGUAGCACAUUGGGAGGCCCAGAUCACUGAGAUCAUCCAGUGGGUGAGUGAUGAAAAGGAUGCUCGAGGCUAUCUGCAAGCUUUAGCCUCCAAAAUGACUGAAGAACUAGAGGCCCUGAGGAACUCCAGUUUAGGUGCAAGAGCAACAGACAUGCCCUGGAAGAUGCGCCGCUUUGCAAAACUAGAUAUGUCUGCAAGGUUAGAACUACAGUCAGCCUUGGAUGCAGAAAUACGAGCCAAACAAGCAAUUCAAGAGGAACUGAAUAAAGUCAAAGCUUGUAAUAUUGCAACAGAAUGUAAACUACAGGAAUCUGACAAGAAGAACUCUGAGCUGUUGGCAGAAAUAGAGAGACUGAAAAAAGAGACAGAAGAACUGAGAUCAGAAAAGGGUGUAAAGCACCAAGACUCACAGAAUUCUUUCUUGGCGUUUUUGAAUGCUCCUACCUCUGCUCUGGAUCAAUUUGAAAUUGAUUCUGUUGAAAAUUUUACCUUAUCUAAUAUGCCUUCACGGGAUGAAGAUAUCAAGUGUCACCUUCAUUCAAGAUCUAGGUCCCCUUCCACAGCUAGUGACAUUGAACCAAUUGAGGUUUCAGAUCAUCCUGUGCGUCCUGUUCACACACCAACCACAAGAUCACCAUAUAUUGGUUCAGGACUUUCUGUGCCAAAGCCUAAGGCCCAUCAGUUUGUAGUGAAAUCCUUUAAUACCCCGACAAAAUGUAAUCAAUGCACAUCUUUGAUGGUUGGUUUAAUAAGACAGGGAUGUACUUGUGAAGUAUGUGGAUUUUCAUGCCAUGUGACCUGUGCAGAUAAGGCACCAGCAGUAUGUCCUAUCCCAUCUGAACAGACAAAGGGUCCUUUGGGGAUUGACCCACAGAAAGGCAUAGGAACUGCUUAUGAAGGGCAUGUCCGAGUCCCUAAACCAGCCGGAGUGAAGAAAGGGUGGCAGAGAGCAUUGGCUGUUGUCUGUGACUUCAAGCUCUUCCUUUAUGAUAUUGCAGAAGGAAAAGCAUCCCAGCCCAGUGUGGUAGUGAGUCAGGUUCUUGAUAUGAGGGAUGAAGAAUUCUCAGUGUGUUCAGUCUUGGCUUCUGAUGUCAUCCAUGCAAAUCGAAAAGAUAUUCCCUGUAUCUUUAGAGUGACAGCUUCCCAGCUAUCAGCAUCCAGUAACAAGUGUUCAAUCCUGAUCCUGGCUGAUAGUGAGAAUGAAAAGAGCAAAUGGGUGGGCGUCCUGAAUGAAUUACACAGGAUUCUAAAGAAGAACAAGCUUAAAGAUCGUUCAGUCUAUGUUCCUAAAGAGGCCUAUGACAGCACCUUGCCCCUAAUUAAAACAACACAGGCAGCAGCAAUCAUAGAUCAUGAAAGAAUAGCUCUGGGAAAUGAAGAAGGAUUAUUUGUUGUACAUGUCACCAAGGAUGAGAUAAUUCGUGUUGGUGACAAUAAAAAAGUUCAUCAGAUUGAGCUCAUCCCGAAUGAACAACUUAUAGCAGUGAUCUCAGGACGAAACCGUCACGUACGGCUAUUUCCUAUGACAGCCCUGGAUGGACGAGAGACUGAUUUUUAUAAACUGGCAGAGACUAAGGGUUGUCAGACUAUAGUUUCAGGACAAGUGCGCCACGGAGCCCUUACUUGCUUGUGCGUGGCAAUGAAAAGACAAGUCCUCUGCUAUGAACUAAAUCACAGCAAGACACGUCACAAAAAAAUUAAAGAGAUCCAAGUGGCUGGGAAUGUCCAGUGGAUGGCAGUCUUUAGUGAGCGGCUCUGUGUGGGCUACCAGUCAGGAUUCUUAAAAUACCCUUUGCAUGGAGAAGGAAACCUACAUAGCUUGCUUCACCCAGAUGAUCACACAUUGUCGUUCAUUGCACAACAGCCAUCGGAUGCCAUCUGUGCAGUUGAGAUCUCAAAUAAAGAAUACUUGCUGUGUUUUAGCAGCGUGGGGGUUUAUGUGGACUGCCAAGGCCGAAGGUCUAGGCAACAGGAACUAAUGUGGCCUGCAACUCCUUCUUCUGCCUGUUACAGUGCCCCAUACCUCUCAGUAUACAGUGAGAAUGCAGUUGAUAUAUUUGAUGUGAACUCCAUGGAGUGGAUUCAGACUAUCCCCCUCAAGAAGGUACGGCCUUUAAACACAGACGGAUCACUAAACCUCCUGGGACUAGAAACAGUUCGGUUAAUAUAUUUCAAAAACAAGAUGGCAGAGGGUGAUGAGCUGGUAGUUCCCGAGACUUCAGAUAAUAGCCGGAAGCAAAUGGUCCGAAAUAUCAACAAUAAGCGGCGUUACUCAUUCAGAGUGCCCGAGGAGGAGAGAAUGCAACAGAGGAGGGAGAUGCUCCGAGAUCCAGAAAUGAGAAAUAAAUUAAUUUCUAAUCCAACCAACUUUAACCACAUAGCACACAUGGGCCCAGGAGAUGGCAUACAAAUCCUCAAAGACCUGCCAAUGAACCUUCGACCUCAAGAAAGUCGGACUAUGUUUAGCGGCUCUGUUAGUAUCCCAUCAAUUACAAAAUCUCGUACCGAACCUGGACGUUCCAUGAGUGCUAGCAGUGGCCUGGCAGCAAGAUCGUCUGCACAAAAUGGCAGUGCUUUGCGGAGGGAAUUCUCAGGAGGUAGUUAUGGAGCAAAGCGUCAGCCGAUGGCAUCCCCUUCAGAUGGCUCCUUGUCCUCUGGUGGUUUGGAUCAGGGCAGUGAUGCCCCUGUGAGAGACUAUGAGCGAGAGGACUCUGACUCUCCGAGACAUUCGACAGCAUCUAACAGCUCCAACCUGAGCAGCCCCCCCAGCCCCAUCUCUUCUCCUCACAAGACGAAGAGCCUCUCCUUGGAGAGCUCUGACCACGUGAGUUGGGACACAUGAACUGCCUCAGCAUUCAGAUCUGACACCUCAGCCGCUUAUUGUCCCUGUGACUCUCCGCUUGUUCUCGCUGACAUCAUCCCCAGCUUCCCUCCAGAAUCAGACUGUAGGAGGGGGAGGAAUAAGAGGAAGAGAAUAUAUCUGCCUUCUCUCGCACAAGCAGUGUAGCCUCACCACUCCUUCCCCCCUCAUUCAAUAGUCGUGGCAAACAAGACAAAGAAAACCUUGGUGGAGGGAAAGGGGAGGGGUUAGCCUAUGAGAGAUAUUGGUAUAUUUGUAUUAGUGUUGAUUUUAUUUCAUAGGAUUACAGCUGUUUCCAUUAUUAUGGGCAUAUUUAACACUACACUACCACUCCAAACCAAACACAGUAGUGUAGACAGACCAAAACGGAAUCUGUAAGAGAAAAAUCAGAUUUUUGCUUUGACACACACAGUAUCUAUCUGAUUAUAUUUUUGCAAAAGUAGCACAGCAACACUCCUCCGCCUCUGGUGAUGGAGCGAAAUUAGCCCUGCAGGGGGGGCACAUGCGCACGCUUUCAGCCAGUCACUCUGUUUGAAUGUCAAUCUGAUUGUUGCCAGCAAAUCCUUAUUGAUUAAAAAAAUGAAGCAUAUUUUACUACAGUACAGAAUUUAAAUACACAUAAUUAAGAGUUAGUACAUAUGUAUAUAAUAAAAGAAAAAGCAGCAUUGUGAUGCAGUGGAAGAUGGAUUCCUGUUUAAAAGAUCCUUUAAUUUAAGACGAAUUGUGUUGUUCCCUUUUUCAUACUAAAUAAUCUACACAUUGGAGGUGUGAUUGGAAUAUACAAGAUGGCACUGGGUAAAACCAUACAGCCUCGAUGAAGAGUCCAUCCUCACAAUUGUUCUGAGAUUUCUUCUUGUCGUUAGAAGAAGUAAAGCCAUAAUCCUCACUUUUAAAAUAUCUCUCCUAUCUUCAGCCUUCUAUUGAAAGGUAAACCGCUCCAAUCUACAAGCAAAACUCAUGAUUUAACAGUCUACAAGCAUGAAGUUGGCAUUUUGUCUGUAUGGCCGUUUAUUGCAGGGUCAGCAGACAGCCCCAGACAGCCACUGAACAAUGCUAUUCCUAGUCUGGUAGUUUGCGAGAACAUUUGGUAGCUGAAGACUUCUAUUCUGAAGACGUUCAUUGCAGUCAUUUUCUUACCACCACCACCACCCAGUCUCAACUCAUUGCAUAUUUAAUGUUAUUAAUGCCAUAAAAUACUUGGUGUUUGGACCCAGCAGAGAAGCGCUUGGCAUUGCAGAACAUUCCUCUGUGGAGAGCAGGCUGGGGAAAUGAUGGAAAUCUAUCAUCGCUUAAAUAAACAGUGGCAAAUACAACAUGGGAAUAGAUAGCAAGAACAAGGCAACUUCCCAGCACCACCCUAUCUACUUCAGUGUGGUUUGCAUUUUGGGACUAGAUGAAUGUGAUUUUCGUUUUCCUUGGGAUCCUUACUAUCAUAUGCUAUGACCAAGUUGGGAUGGAUGAAGAGUUUGGGGGUUUACUUUAAACUUAGAUUAGUGGUUUCAUACAUUUUGGUAUUUCAUGGGUCCCACCAAACCAUUCCAAGCCCUUCUAGUGCACAACUAAACAACAAAAGUGUAGCUAACAGGACGGAGAUUUUCACAAGUUCCCUUUACAAAUUAUAUCAUUGCCAUUCAUGCAGGAUGCAAGUUAAGUACCAUGAGAUACAGAUAAUCAUUUUUGACCAUCCAGGUGUGUCUGCUAGUACUUGGUUCUGUGUCUUAUCUGCAUUGGUGGAUUGUCGCAUCCAAAACUACCACUUAGCUCUUUUAUACUGGGGGGAAUGGUUGCGAGGAGAGGGAUCCAGAACUUUUCUGUUAAGUAUGAUGUCCUAAUCCUGUCUGUCAAUUUUGGCUUGUCAGAAUCUUAGAGUUUGUGUAUUUUAUCGUCAUAAGGGAUUUAGCCAGUCAACUCCCCUCAGUUAGUUUCCGGCUCAGUGACUGGCAGGACAUAGGAAGCACUUUUCAGAAACUGGCAGGACAUAGGGAAGCACAUAAGAUCCAUUUACAAGUACUGCUUCUGUACCAUUCACUACCAAAGGGUUCUUGCCCUGCUAGCCUCUCCUCUUCCUCUCUGUGAUGCCUCUUAUGUCUACACACUGUUAUACACAAUUGUUAAGACAAGCCUGAUGUUUUCCUCCUGUCAUUUUUGUUUAAACAUCCUUUAAAUGCUAUAGAGGCUCUAAACGCUAUACAGUUGGCCUGUGUGGUUAUCCCAUCUCAAAAGUUAUUGUCUCGGAUGCCCCCCAAAGUUCCUUGGCAAUUGAUCCAUGCUCCUGGAAGGAAAAGAAAGAUAGCAUAUGAAUUUGGAAGGAAAUACUGUCCUGACAAAUAUAUUUUAUAUCAUGUCGGGCCGUUUCACAGGUUGAAAGUACUACCUUUUGUAUAGAUGAGAGCACUUUGGAAUGGACUUCGGCACAGGCAGUCAUUCGUUAUGAACACUUGUUUCCAGAUGCACCCGAUGCGGAUGCUUUAAUAUCUGUGGAAUGGCUUGCUGGUGAAGUUGGGAUUUGCUGCUAUGUAUUGUUCAGUUUCCAUUCAUAUGUGAUAGCAAUGGUCCAGGCACUUUUAUAAUCCCUCACUGAAUCCGAUUAGUUUGAUUGUCUCCUUGUGUACCCAGUAUCAGACUAUGCUGUGCCUAAUUGAAUACAUUUUUCUUGGUCUGGUUCAGGCACCUUAUUCUUGAGGCCCAUUAAGUCAGAUUUCAGUCCUUAAAAAAUCUCUAAGAUUGUACAGUUUUUGCCCAAGGCAUCAGUGUUUUUCCUGGCUCACACUCAAGCUAUCCAAAUAAUUAAUCUUCAUUUUCAGACACAUUCCUGGUGUAUUAUUCAUUUUUUAUGCUCCUGACUCCAUUUUUCAUUAGUUAGUUUCUUCUGGAGGUUGAUAUGUGUGCUAACUGUUUUUGUUCCUAGCCUAGCCUGCAUUUUUUAGAAUAGCAGUCUUAGUUUUGGAAAAAAAAUUACAAUGACAUUUGUGUUAAACUCUCAGGUAUUUGGAAGCAGCAGGAUAUCUUCAUAGGAUAAACAUGAAAUGCAAUAAUUAUUUUGGGCAUGAGAUUCACCACAGGUACACCUCAAACAUCAACACUUCUGUUUUGAUAUGUUGCAAACUUUGGAUUUAAGAUGACAGUUUAGAGCCUUGAAUGGGGAGAAACAUUGGGUUUUUUCAGGGUUUUUUAAUAGUAGCACCUCAGUUUUGUUUUUUUCCUAGGCUGUCAGAAAGUAACUGGGAACCCAAAAUCUGACGUUGGGAGUUAUGUAGCCUUAGACAAUUUCACCACAGGUGUGAAGAUUACCUCUGUACCACCCUGGUUCCAUGCAUUGAUGCCCUGUUUAGGGACUUUGGGAUGAACUUCAUGGAGGUGCUUAUGACAUCCAUUCAGGCCAACACAGUAAGGCUUGCCACUUGGAGUCUAACAAUGGCACUAGCCUGUCUCUCUCCAAAGUGUCAUCUUUGGGCUAGUGAUAGAAUAUGGGCUUCUAACCCCAAGCCUACUGGGAGGGGGAGCUUCCAAUAUACUGUAGAUUUUCAACUUUUAUGACCAUGUACAUUAAGGCAGUUCCACAACUUGUAAUCUUGUCUGUUUCCUUCUGUAUAAAAAAAAAAAAAUCAUCCACCAUAAGAAACUGUCUCGCUUACGAGGAAGCAAUCCACAACCAAAAACCAGUAUUGGUAUUUCGCAGCAAUUAUUCCUGCCUUUUUAUGUAUGACAGUUUCAUAUCAUUUAUUUUUUAAAAGAUAUUUUUAGGGAUUUUUUCAUUGUAAUAUUGUUGUACAGUUUUGCAUGGCCUAGAUGUAAUCACUUUUUUUUUGUUUUUAGAGUAUAAAAGCCGACAAGUGUGCGUGUGGGGGAAAGAUACUGCUUUUUGCCUCUUCUCACUCUUAUUUUUGGUUCAUGCCCUCAAUGUUAUAGAGGACAUUGUAAGAGACUCUCUGCUCCAGAACAAUGAUGUAGAUUCUUUUGCACAGAAAUAUUUAAGGUGGCUAAGUCAAUGCUGUAAUAAAUGACCAGUCACCAAUAUUUUAUGUUGGUAACACUUAAUAUUAACCUACUUUGAUGUAUUGCAAUAAAACA